AUGUUGAGUGUAAAUGUUUUCUAUCUCGCAAUGCAGACGCCUGACCACUGGUGCCAUGUUCCUGGCAGGGAAUGUGCCAAUCUAACGCUGGAGGAGUGGAAGAAUAUUACAAUUCCUAGGGCAGGCAAUUCGUUCAGCAAGUGCCUAAUGUACAACCAGAGCGAUGGUGUCAACUGGAACAGUGUAGAACCCGUCAAGUGUCAACACGGCUGGGAUUACGACGACACGUGGUUCUCUCUGACUGUCCCUUCUCAGAUGAACUGGGUCUGCGAGAACCAGAAGUAUGCCAACGACGUCUUGUUCUACGCCCAAAACAUCGGAGUGGCUCUGAGCCUGCUAUUCGGAUACAUAGGCGACAUGUACGGACGACGACUGCUGCAGUUCCUCUGCCUGGCUGCCCACAUGAUCAGCAGAUUGCUGCUGGUCCUCACGCCAGACAUCUUGAUGCUGUUCAUCCUGGCAGAGUCCCUCGUAUCAGCAGCUUCAGGACCGAUGCAUGAGUCCGCCUUGUCUGUUGUAUUGCAACUAAAUAGAGCUGAACCACCACCCCCACCCCUUUUCCCAAACUUACGGAAGGAUGAAGUAUCUAAGCCACUGAGGUCGCCAGGAGGAUCCCUGAGGCUGCUGCGCCGCAUCGCCACCACCAACGGCGGACAGCUGCCUCCGUUCGCUCCACGGGUGAUGUGGACCGUGGCCAAGGCCCAGAAAGAUAGGAAGGACUUCCUCAGCCUCUUCUCCAGCUGGAACGUCUUCAAGAAUACGGUGCUGCUCAUCACUGCAAGAUCUGCGCACGUACUGACGCAGUACUCGCUGGUAUUGCUGGCUGGUGGUGUGGGCGUGAAUCCCUUCCUGACGGUGGUGGCACAGGGCGCGGUCCAGCUGCCCUCUGUGUGCGCCGUCCACGUGUGCGCGGCGCGCUUCGGCCGCCGCUGGACCGCUGUGGGCUGCGCUCUGCUGGCAGGGGUCACCUGCGCAGCCACCUUCUGUGUGCUGAGGGCUGGCAUCAUUGGACUGGCCAUUACGGUGAUGGCAGUAGUAACGCAGUUCUUCACGACGGGCACAAUCGCCAUGGCCAACCUGCAGAGUGUUGAGGUGCACCCCACGUGUCUGCGACAGAUCGCAGCCUGUGUCGAGUGGACCGCAGCUGGGGUCGUCAUGUCUGCUUUGCCAUACGUGGCCCUCAUGAGUGACAGACGGACGCCCUACGCCAUUCUCGCAGCUCUGAACUUGGGGACAGCGUUUGCAAUAUCGUUCCUUCCAGAAUCGGCGUUGCAGAGGUUACCAGAGUCAUUACAGGAUGCUGCCGUCUUCGGCAAAGACCAGAAGUACUGGAGCUGGAAGCCAAAACCAGCUCCACAGUAUGCCAUGGCAUAA